AUGGCCCUUUUGACUCCGCGUGCAUUGCGCAGAACGCGCACCGCCAUCGACGCUUCGUCUCCUCGUCCCGGACACCCGCCCUGCUGUUUCGUCGUUGUCGACCUCAGCACCUCCCGUCGAAUAGCGUGUUCCGACGCCACCGCCGCCGCCGCCGCCGCCGUCGUCGAAAUUCCUGGAUGUACAAAAAACCGCAAUUUUAAUAAAAUGAUUGGCGAAAAUCACCCAUUGUUCUGCGGCUGA